AUGGCCACAGGAAUCCAAUGGUGGAACCGGGCGGCGCUGCUGUCGCUCGCGUUGCCAUCUGCAGAUGCCUUCACCUUCCCUGGAAAAGACGAUAUUAUUGUUGACUUUGACCUCAACCUCAGCCGAUUAUGGCGACGCCAAGAUAACAAGCCAGAAUGCCCGGCUUCAAAUUUAUGUAUAGGAGGGUCCUGCACCCAGUCCAUCGUCGGCAUCGACGCUGCAAACUGCGGACGCAAAGGAUAUGAGUGCGAGCCGGGAUAUAUUUGUGUCGCCGGAGAGUGCGUCCACCUCGACUUCCCCUGCGACUCGCUCCACUGCGGCGAGAAAGACCUGCAAUGCAAGCCAGGUCAAUGGUGUAGCGAAGGCGAGUGCGUCUCGAUUGAGAUCUUCGCCGACCCAUUACAUUGUGGCCCCAAGAACGAAGAAUGCAAGGCCAACCAGAUCUGUGUCAACGGCAUCUGCAUUGACCUUGACACCAUCCCCGACCCUCUACACUGCGGCAAGGACCAAACACCUUGCGCCCCCGGAAAUUAUUGCUUCAACGGCCAAUGUAGGCCUUUCGAUAUCGGAACCAUCCCACAGAAUUGCACAAUCGACAAUGACUGUCCAUUAAAAACACCUUGCGAGAAAGGAGUAUGUCGAUCCUUCCGCGUAGGGCUGGACGUCAACAACUGUGCCCAAAAAGACGAUAAAUGCGCUCCUGGCGAGCUCUGCAUUUCCGACAAAUGCACGCCGCUCAAUAUCACAGGCGACCCUCUUUCAUGUGGCUCAGGCUGCCAAAAGUGCGAGCCCGGCCAGGUUUGUCGUUUUGACAAGUGUGUCCCGAUUAUUAUUAGUUUAGACCCUACCCACUGUGGUGAGGGAGGUCCGCCCUGUGGAAGCCAAGAGCUCUGCGUAUCUGGUGUCUGCGUGGACAUGCGCAACCAGACCGAGUCCAACAAACUCACCCGUUGCUCUUCUCCCACUCAGAUCUUCCCGCCACUUGGUGACUCGCCGGUUGGACCACCGGCAGUAGGGCCAGCCCCGGCACCAGGAGUUGGAGAGCGCCCAUCUCCUGAAUAUGGAAACCAGCCCAGCCCUGGCGGCGGCUACAUAUCUCCUCAACCUGGAAACCGGCCUAGCCCCGGUGGCGACUUCGUUUCUUCUGGAUCUGAUUACCGGCCCAGCCCUGGUGGCGAGCAGACUUUUGUUGACGACUCUGCGCCCUGUGAUGAAGGCUGCCCCCCUUUCACUGGCUAUCCACCAGUAGAAAAUGGUGAUCAUCCCGGACCUCGCCCUGGAGAUGAUUCUGAUGUUCAACUCGGAUCAUGCUCUGGAGAAGAGGACUGUGACUGGAACCAGGUCUGCCGAAACGGUGCAUGUGUGGUCAAGGGUGGCCAACCUGGCUGCUCGAGUAAUGACGAGUGCGGCUCUGGCAAGGUAUGCAAGAAGGGAGCAUGUGUACCCUCUGUUGGACAGCCAAGCUGUUUUAUUGACACAGAGUGUGGCCCUGGUAAAGUGUGCAAGAAUGGCGGAUGUGUUGUCUCUGGCGGUCAGACAAGCUGCUCUCAAAAUACAGACUGUGGUUCAGACCACGCCUGUGUCAAGGGAGUGUGCGUUCCUUCAACUGGACCUUCCGGCUGUGUAAGCACAACCGACUGUCCUGGAGGGCAUGUCUGCAAAAAGGGGCAAUGCAUCCCGUCCAUUGACACCUGCCUGGCCGAUUCCGACUGUGAGCCUCUUGAGACUUGCGUCAAUGGGACGUGCCAGCCUUCUAGCACACCUGGAAAGUGCUCCCUCGACUCCGAAUGCUUCGCCGGUGAAGUCUGCCGCAGCGGCAAGUGUGUACCCUCCAACCCACAGCCAAGCUGCACGAGCGACUUCGACUGUACCAGUGGCCGCAUUUGCCGAAGCGGAACAUGUAUCCCGAGCUUCUGUCGGACCAGCACAGACUGCGGUGAUGGGCUUUCCUGCCGAAACGGUACUUGCUUCUCAACUGGGACUACCAUCUGCUCAAGCAGCGCUGACUGCCGACCUGACCACAUUUGCGAUGGUGGCAAGUGUAUUCCUUUGACAAACCCCUUUGGCUGCACCACCGACAAUGAUUGCGGUAUUGGACAGGUCUGCCGGGACAGGACGUGUAUCUAUGAGGAUACAGCCCACCGCAUCUGUUCUAAAGACAAAGACUGUGGCAUUGGAAAGGUGUGCAGAAGAAAGAAAUGUGUUGCCCAACCCAACUACUGCGAGAAGACCCUCGACUGCUCAUCCAACGAGAUCUGCAACGGUGGUAUCUGUGUCCCUUCUACGAAUCCUCAGACCUGCACGACAAGCAAUGACUGCCCCUCCGGUCAGAAGUGUCAGGACGGGAAAUGCGUUGUGCCAGCCACAUGCUCGCAGAGCAACGACUGUGCCCCCAACCAGGUUUGCAAAAACGGAACUUGCGUGCCGUCCACAACCCCACCUGGUGGAAGCUGCAAGAAAGAUGCCGAAUGCCCUCCUCGCCACGCUUGUGAAGGUGGCUACUGCGUUCUUGUCGACUCGCCAGGCUGCACCUUGGAUGCUGACUGUGGUCGAGGCAAGAAGUGCCAGAAUGGCGCAUGCGUGUCGACGUCGGGUUGUACCACCGACGCUGACUGCCUUGGUCGUCAGAUCGAAGGAAAGCCUUGUACAGGAAACCUCUGUUUAUGCAUCAACAAAGUCUGCACACUUGGAACGGUGCCAAGUCCCGAUUGUUCUGAUGACAUUGACUGUGACGCAGGCCAGUCGUGUAUCAGCGGGAAAUGUGAUGUGUCUUCCGUGCCUCCAUGCACUCAAGACAUUGACUGCGUCAGCGGCCAGUCGUGUAUCAAUGGUAAAUGUCAAAUACCUUCUGGACCCGGAUCAUGCACGAAGGAUAACGACUGCGCUACGGGCCUCUCAUGUAUCCGUGGAAAGUGUGUGACGCCUUCCGGCCCUGCAUCUUGCACCAACGAUAAUGAUUGUGGUAAUACCCAGUCCUGUAUCAAUGGCAAGUGUCAGACGCCUUCUGGUCCUGGAUCAUGUACUAAGGACGGCGAUUGCACCAAUGGUCAAUCAUGCAUCCAUGGAAAGUGCCAAACACCUUCUGGCCCUGGGUCGUGCUUCAAGGAUAGCGACUGUGGAAAGGGUCAGUCGUGUGUCCGUGGAAAAUGUGAAGUGAAAACCGAAACCCCAUGCACCAAGGAUUCUGACUGCCUCGGAGGUCUUGUUUGCAAUCCCCGCGGAAUCUGUGCUCCUCCCACAACCUGCGCCACGCUCGAUGAUUGCGACAACGGAUUCGUCUGUGGGCCAGCCGGCACAUGUAUUCCUGGAACGAACAGUUGCAGCUCCAAUGAGGACUGUGGCGGAGGCUUCAUCUGCGGCCCUACUAACGAAUGUGUUGCCGAGGAUCAAGAGACUUGCAAAGUUGAUCGGGAUUGCGGCCCCAACCGUAAAUGCAGUUCAACUGGCACUUGCGUCCCUCCAGACUCUGCCCUUUGCCAGACUAAUGCCAACUGCGACAUUGGCCUCAUUUGUGGUCCGCUGGGAAUCUGUAUCAAAGGGACUAACGGCUGCAGCGUCAAUGGUGACUGUGGCCAGGGCUUCAUCUGUGGCCCUGCCAAGGUCUGUGUUCCUCGAGGUCAAGACACAUGCAGCGUCGACAAGGACUGCGGCACUGGUCGUAUCUGCAGCCCGACCGGCGCAUGUGUCCCUACCGGUUCUCCAGUCUGUAUUUCGAUUGACAGUUGCGAUAUUGGGUUCAUCUGUGGCCCAGCCGGAAUUUGCAUCCCUGGAACCAACACAUGCACUCUCGACAAAGACUGCGGCGAAGGCUUUAUUUGUGGCCCUGCUAAGGUCUGUAUCUCUCGAGAUCAAGAUACCUGCAGCGCGGACAAGGACUGCGGCAACGGUCUUAUCUGUAGCUCAACUGGAGUUUGCAUCCCUGGAACCAACAAUUGCCUUGGCGACGGAGACUGUGGCGAAGGCUUUGUGUGCGGGCCUUUGAAGACGUGCGUCCCUCGAGGUAAUGAUUCCUGCAAGACCAACCAAGACUGUGGCGUCGGCCGUAUUUGCACCCCACGCGGCACCUGCGUCCUGGAUAAUUCACCGGCUUGCACCUCGAAUGCCAAUUGCGGCCCUGGCCUCGUCUGUGGCCCGCUUGGCACUUGCGUUCCUGGUAGCAAUACCUGCAACCUCAACACCGAUUGUGGAACUGGAUUCAUUUGCGGUCCCGCGAAGGUUUGUAUCCCUGGAGGUCAAGACACUUGCAAGUCUGAUAAGGAAUGCGGCACUGGGCGUUCUUGCAGCCCGGCGGGCGUCUGCGUCACCUCCGGUUCUCCUGAUUGUCGUUCCAACGCAAACUGUGCCCCCGGAUUUAUCUGCGGACCGCUCGGUACGUGUAUCCCGAAUGAUAAUGGCAGCUGCACUCUGGAUAGAGACUGCCAGGGCGGAUAUAUCUGUGGGCCGUCAAAGACCUGCAUCCCUUCGACCCCAGAUGUCUGUGGCCCGACCCGGCCUUGCAAGACUGGACAGGUGUGCAGUUCUGCUGGUGUCUGUGUUUCCGACGAGUCUCUACUCUGUGACACAAACCGGAAGUGCGACCUCGGCUUUAUCUGCGGGCCAUUCGGCACUUGUGUCCUGGAUACCAGCGGCAGCUGCACUGUCGACCAGGACUGCGCUGCUGGAUUCAUCUGCGGGCCUAGCAAGAAGUGCAUUCCGCGUGGUCAGCCUACAUGCGGGACUGGAGGACAGAUUUGCGGAGUUGGUCAAGUCUGUAGCUCUACCGGUGUCUGUGUUCCGAAUGGCUCUCCCCUGUGUACCACAAACGAAAACUGUGACUUCGGCCUCAUCUGCGGUCCCCUUGGAAUCUGCAUCACGGGAGGUGGUACCCGUUGCACUGUCAAAGGCGACUGCCCGCCACGUUUUGAAUGUGGCCCAGCCGGAACCUGCAUUCCUGAAGUCGAAGGGUCUUGUCAGUCGAACGCAAAUUGUGGUCCAGGUCAAGUGUGCGGACCGAAUGGUAUCUGCAUUUCGGACCCCAAGUGCACUGCGGAUAUCGACUGCGGCGUCGGGUUCAUCUGCGGCCCAUCCAGCGUGUGUAUCCCUAAAGGCUCCGAUUCGUGCACUGCAGGUGGCAACUGUGGCAUCGGACGUGUGUGCAGCCCUCUCGGAGUCUGCGUUCCAGAUGGCUCGGCCUUGUGCCAGAACGAUAAGGACUGCGGUCUUGGCCAAAUUUGCGGGACGCUUGGUAUCUGUACCUCGGAUACCACCAACAACUGUACUUUGGACAAGGAUUGCAACCCAGGCUUCGUAUGUGGACUGUCGAAGACGUGUGUUCCGGACACCGCGGGCACUUGCCGGGGAAAUCGUGACUGCUCUGGAGGUCUCGUCUGCAGCCCUCUGGGAGUGUGCGUCCCACCUGGCUCACCUCUUUGCCAGACAGGCCAAAACUGCGAGAAGGGUUUCAUCUGUGGGCCUCUAGGUAUUUGUAUCCCAGGGCCUACCGAUACUUGUACCGGCCAACAAGAUUGCAAUGCUGGAUUUGUUUGUGGUCCCUCGGGUGUCUGCAUCCCACAAGGCCAGCCGGGAUGCAAAUCGAAAGCAGACUGCGGACCAGGACUCGCUUGUAGCCCUAACGGCGUGUGUAUCCCUGACGGUUCACCUGUCUGCAGGACGAAUGACAAUUGCGCAGUCGGCUUCAUUUGCGGCCCGCUCGGGAUCUGUAUCGAAGACCCCUUGCUCUGCAGGGCCAAUACGGAUUGCCGCGAUGGCCUUGUUUGUGGUCCUCGGGGUGUCUGCGUUCCUGGAGGAAGCACAGCCUGCACCGUUCCAAGCGAUUGCACGCUCGGCCUCAUCUGUGGCCCUCUGGGACUUUGCAUUGACGUUGGUUUUGCGUGCAUCACAAACGAUAAUUGCAAUGGUGGACUUGUCUGUGGCCCGAACGGGUUCUGUAUCGCUCCCACCUGCAACAACAACCGUGGCUGCCAGGACGGUUUCAUUUGUGGUCCAGCCAACCUCUGUAUUCCAGAGUUUGGAACCUGCCAAAACGACCAAGGCUGCCGGGCUGGUUUUAGCUGUGGUGCCACUGGCAUCUGCGUGCCUAUUCCUGGAGACUGUCAAGGCAACGGACAGUGCCCCGAUGGCCUCAUCUGUGGACCUUCCAACAAGUGUAUUCCAGGCGGCGCUCUGUGUCAGCUUGACGCAAACUGCGGCACUGGGUUUUUCUGUGGCCCUGCGGGUCUCUGUAUACCCAAGGAUCUUACUUGCAAAGAUGACAGUAGCUGUGCAGUUGGCCAAACCUGCGGUCCUUUGGGGCUCUGCGUUGCCGUUCCUGGCCUCACUUGCACCUCAAACACCGAUUGCGCGACUGGAUACACCUGCAGCGAAAGUAAGAAGUGCAUCUUGAACUUUUCCGGGUGCAGAACGGACAACCAAUGCCCUGCGAACUUCACUUGCGGCACUGGAGGUGUCUGUAUCCCGAAGGUCAAUAAUUGCCAAGGCAAACAGGACUGUGGCGCUGGAUUCAUCUGUGGGCCAACCGGCCUCUGUAUUCCAGAGGUAGCACUUUGUCAGAAGAAUGAAGACUGUGGCGCGGGCUUUGCCUGCAGCGUUGGUGGCCUCUGUCUUCCAGAGAACCUUGGUUGCCAGACCAAUGCAAAUUGCGCUCCGGGAUUCGUCUGUGGCCCUCUGGGGCUAUGUACGGAACCAACUGACCCUCUCUGCAAGGCCGACAGUGAAUGUGGCCAGGGCUACAAGUGUGGCACUUCUGGAAUCUGUAUCCCGACUCUGCAAAGUUGCCAGGGUAAUGCUGAAUGUGGAAACAGUCUCAUCUGCAGCGCUGCUGGCCUUUGCAUCCCUGACUACAAGCCUUGCCUAUCUGCCACAGACUGCGAUAGCAAGUCGACAUGCGGGCCAGCCGGACUCUGUAUUCCCAACUCGGCCCUCUGCCGCACUUCAAAUAGCUGCGGCGAGGGCUUUUCUUGCGGGCCAGCUGGAUUUUGCAUCCAAGGCAACAGGAUUUGCCGAACAAAUGCCAACUGUGGUACUGGGUCAGUCUGCGGACCCCUUGGGCUCUGCAUUCCAAGUACCGGUCUCACAUGCCAGAAGGACAGCGAUUGCGAUACGGGCUUCACCUGUGGACCUCUCAAGCAGUGCAUCAAGACCGGUCCAGCUUGCCAGAACAAUAAUCAGUGUCUCCCCGGCUUCAACUGCAAUCCCGCUGGGAACUGCGUCCCGAAUGUCGUUGGCGGUUGCGCCAGCGAUACGGACUGUGCCCCUGGCAACUUUUGCACUCUCGACCUCUCGUGCGAGCUUGAGGACCUGCGUUGCACGACCAAUACCGACUGCAAACCCGGCUUUAGCUGCAACAGGGCCGGCUUCUGCUCUCCCACGACUCUUGUCUGCAAGUCUGACCAGGAGUGCUUGUCUGGCUUCAAGUGCAGCCUGUCUGGGCAGUGUAUUUCCGCAAACGACUUGAGCUGCAACGUGGACGGUGAUUGCCUUGUGGGAUUCUCUUGCGGCGCCAAUAAGUAUUGUAUUCCCAAGGCACCCAGCUGCACCAAGGACAACGACUGCCAGCUCGGAUUUGCCUGUGGCCCGUUGAACACUUGUAUCCUGAAGAGCGAUUUGGCCUGCACGACAGCGAAGGACUGCAAGAACGGUUUCGUUUGUGGCCCAGCAAAGCUUUGCGUCAACCCUCUUCUCUCUGGUCUUCCUUGUAAGGUGAAGGGCGACUGCGCUCUUGGCUUGAGCUGUGGCCCAGCCGGAUACUGUGUUCCUGGCGACUUCUCAACCUGUAGCAAGAAUGAGGACUGCGCACAGGGAUUGCUGUGUAAUUUGGCCAAUCUUUGCAUUUCGCCCGAUAAGCAGUGUCAAAUCGAUUCAGAUUGCCCUGGUGAUAUCCUGUGUGGCCCGCUAAAGAUUUGCCUCGACGUCCAGCUGGGCUGCAAGAGCAACAAUGAGUGUGAGUCAAACUUUGUUUGCGGUCUUUCUGGUCUCUGCAUCCCCAAGGGAUUUACUUGCGAGACGGAGAAGGAUUGUGCUGCAGGCUUCACAUGUGGCAUUGGUGGCCUCUGCAUCCCAGCUACCAAGAACACCUGCAAUACCUCGGAGGAUUGUGACAAGGGACUCACCUGUGGCCCUUUGAACAUCUGUAUUCCCAAUUCGCUCAGCUGUCGCAACAAUGGCGAUUGUUCUCCAGGGUUUGCCUGCGGUCCAGCCGGCCUUUGCCUCCCAACUGGCGAACUGACUUGCUCUGCCACUCAAAAUUGCCCUCAGGGCUUCAAGUGUGGAUCUGCAGGUCUUUGCCUGCCUGAUGAUCUGGUCUGCCAGACUGAUCAGGAUUGUGCAUCUGAUCUUACCUGCGGCAAGGGUGGCAUCUGCAUUCCCAAAGUCCUCACCUGUAAGCUGGACAAGGACUGUGAUGUAGGCCUCAAGUGUGGCCCGAUUGGUCUUUGCAUUACUGUCGGGGAGUUGACCUGCAAGGAAAACGCAGAGUGUGGCGAUGGCUUCAUUUGCGGUUUGGCCGGGCUCUGUAUUCCCAAGGACUUGGGUUGCAGUACAGACGCCAGUUGCCGAAGCGGAUUUGUCUGCGGUCCAGCCGGGCUGUGUAUUCCUCAAACUCUUGGCUGCAAGUCCAAGUCUGAUUGCAACGCCGGUUUCAACUGUGGUCCUUUGGGACUUUGCGUCCCUGAGAUCCUUGGGUGCAGGGCUAAUACAGAUUGCACCGGAGGAUUCGAGUGCAGCUCGAUUGGAACAUGCUUGCCUCCAAACUCCGUGACCUGCAAAGCUAAUAAUGAUUGUGGCCGAGGAUUUGUCUGUGGUAGCGCAGGGUUGUGCGUCCCAGAGGGCUUGGACUGCGGCAGUUCAAACUCCUGCAACACUGGAUUCGUCUGUGGCCCAGCAGGCCUUUGCGUUCCGGACACCCUCUUCUGUUCGAAGAAUGAGGAUUGCGGUCAAGGCUUUGCAUGCUCAAGAGCGGGUCUUUGCAUCCCGAACUACUUGGUCUGCAGUAGCGAUAACAAUUGCUCCAAUGGGUUUGUCUGCAGCCUUUCCGGUCUCUGCAUUCCCUCCAACGAUCUAAAGUGCACGACCAAGAACGACUGUGUUCCAGGAUUCGCUUGCGGUACGGCUGGCCUCUGCGUCCCCGAUCUUAGCUGCAAGAAGAACAGCGACUGCACUGGCGGCCAGAAUGAAGACUGCAAGCAAGGCAACGUCUGUGGCAGUGCAGGACUAUGUGUCCCAGGAAAUCUUCUCUGUAACGCUUCACAGCCUUGCCAACAGGGCUUCACUUGUGGUCCAGCCGGAUUUUGUAUUCCUAUUGGAAACCUCUUCUGCAAAGCCAACCCUGACUGCCCCGAUGACCACUCCUGUGGCCCAGUUGGCAUUUGCAUUCCCAGCAAUCUUCGCUGCCAGACUAAGAAUGAUUGCAAUACUGGAUUCGACUGCAGUGUAUCUGGACUCUGUGUUCCAACCCCGCUUUUCUGUACCAAGAACGAGGACUGCAAAGCCCCAUUGACCUGCGGCGUUGCGAAUUUGUGUGUUUCUGUUAGCAAUGUCCUUUGCCAGUCAAAUGCUGACUGCCUGAGUGGUUACCGCUGCGGUCCUGCAGGGACUUGCGUUCUGGACGCCUUCUUCUGUUCAAAUGACGUUGACUGUGACGAAGGCGAAACAUGCGGGCCCGAAUCCGUUUGUGUCCCGAAAAAGCUUCUGUGCAGCGCGAAUGAUGAUUGCAUUCAAGGCUUUGUCUGCGGCAGCGCAGGAAUCUGUCUGCCCGGUGGCGGUGUGACGUGCAAUGCAAACACCAGCUGCUCACCAGGUUUCAAGUGCGGCCCCCUCGGUGUCUGUAUCCCUUCCAACUUGGGUUGCCAGUCGAACAGCGAAUGCGGAACUGGGCUGACCUGCGGACCUGCCGGGGUGUGUAUUCCUGGCGAUCUUCUCUGCAAAGGGGACGAUGCCUGCUCGACGGGCUACUUCUGCGGUCCUGCCGGUCUUUGUAUCCCCAAGUUACUCUCUUGCCAGAACAACGACAAGUGUGAGAAGGGCCUUGUCUGCAGUCCGGCUGGGCUUUGCAUCCCUUCAGGUGACUUGAACUGCAAAUCGAGCCGUGAUUGCUCUGGAAACCUCAUCUGUGACUUGUCUGGCCAAUGCGUCCUAGGAGGCGGUUUGACUUGCCAGGCGGACACUGAUUGUCUCCUUGGGUUCAAGUGCGGUCCUCUCGGGCUUUGCAUCAAGAUCGACCUUGGUUGCGAGACGGAUGCCGACUGCGGCCAGGAUAAGAGCUGUGGACCAGCUGGUCUUUGUCUGCCAAAAUCUGGCACAUGCAAAGCUAACAGUGACUGCGCAUCAGGUCUCCUCUGUGGCCUGGGCGGAUUGUGUAUUCCUGAUCUUGGGCUCUCGUGUGGUUCCAACGGGAACUGCGCUCCUAAUUUGGUCUGCAGCGGACAGCCGUUGAAUCUCUGCAUCCCUCAAGUUCUCAACUGCAAUACCAACACAAAAUGCAGUGCCGGCCAGGUGUGCAACACCCUCGGGGUAUGCGUGCCAGAUCUGCUUGGCACAUGCACCACCAACGCCGAGUGUGAGGCCACAUUUGGAUGCAGUCUUGCUGGCAUUUGCGUCCCUGGCAUCGACCUUGCGUGUACGAAUAGCGGUACGAGCGGCAGAAUCUGCCCAACUGGUUUCAAGUGCGGCAUCACGGGUCUCUGUGUGCCGGACACUGGAUUCCCUUGCAGUGGUGCUGAGAAAUCGUGCCCUCGCGGCUACGUCUGUGGUGUCGCAGACCUGUGCGUGCCCGACUUGCCAGGUGUGAACUGCAACCAGAAUUCAGAAUGCAACACGGGUUUCGUCUGCAACAAUGCCAAACUGUGUAUUCCGAACCUGUCGCUGGCCUGCAAGGCGGAUGGUGAGUGCCCAGCCGACUUCCGGUGUGGAAGCAGCAAAUUGUGUGUGCCCAAUUUCCAGGUCACGUGCGACGCCAACACGUCUUGCCCUCAGGGCUUCUCGUGCAACAGCGCAGGCAUCUGCACUCCCACCUCUGGCUCUGGCUGCCAGGCGAACAGCGACUGCGAAGGAACAGCAACUUGUGUCUCUGGAUUCUGUGUUCCCGAGAUCGUCGCCACCUGCAAGGCCAAUCAGGACUGUGCCUCGCCUCUCGUGUGCACUCUGGGGCUCUGCCUCCCAGAUCUCCUUCCCACGUGUGCUACCGACAACCAAUGCCUAAAUCCUCUGGUUUGCCGAUCAGGCACCUGCGUCCCUGACUCACUCCCUAUCUGCAAUUCCGACUUGAACUGUGCUCAAGGCACCACGUGCGUUGGCGGUAUUUGCAUUCCCAAGGUUCCCAACACUUGCCGAGCGGAUGGCGAUUGCAUCGCGCCCUUGGCCUGUACCGAAGGCCUGUGUCUUCCCAAGAUCUUGCCAACAUGUGAUGGUACAGACGACUUGCAGUGCAAGGAUCCGUUAGUAUGCCGACGAGGAGUAUGUGUCCCCGGUUCCCUUCCCAUAUGCAGUGUCAACCUUGACUGUGCUCAAGGCUACAGCUGCGUGGCCGAUAUCUGUAUCCCCGACGUCGUUGAUGCUUGCAUCGUCGACCGUGAUUGUCGAUACGACGCUCUGACAUGUCAACUCGGGGUUUGUCUUCCCAAGAUUCUGCCGGCUUGCGAACGUGACAACCAGUGCAAGAACCCCUUGGUAUGCAGACAGGGUCUCUGUGUUCCAGAUGCCCUUCCCGUCUGCAACGACGACCAAGACUGCGGAGCUGGGAACAGUUGCCUAGCGGGAAUAUGUGUCCCCAGAGCGCCGGGCAGCUGCAGACUCGACGCAGAUUGCAAGUCAGACUCUCUCGCCUGCACCCUUGGUGUUUGUCUCCCGAAGGUACUUCCAAUCUGUGAUAGCACAAACGAGUGCAAGGAUCCGUUCGUCUGCAGAGAUGGAACUUGCAUUCCUAAAUCCCUUCCAGUCUGUCAAAGCAGUUCACAAUGCGGCAGUGACAGCAAGUGUCUGGGAGGUAUAUGUGUCCCUGACUUGGUCAAGAAUUGCCAGACGGCUCAAGACUGCGGUGCUUCCUCUACUUGUACCCUCGGUGUUUGUCUCCCUGAGAUACUUCCGUCUUGUGCCACUGACAACGAGUGCGAAGAUCCUCUGGUCUGCCGCAUCGGGAAGUGUGUGCCCAAAACCCUACCAGUGUGCAAUAGCAACACCAACUGCGACGCAGGAUAUAGCUGCCUGGCGGAUAUUUGCGUUCCAAACGUCCCGAACACCUGCAAGAUCAGCACUGACUGUGGCAGCUCUCUGGUGUAUCUCGAUCUCUUGCAGAAUUGCAAGCAAGACGAGGAUUGCAGCGACUCCCUGGCGUGCACACUUGGUGUAUGUCUACCAAGAAUUCUGCCCACCUGCGACGGCAGCAAUCCAUGCAAAAGCCCACUCUCGUGCAAAUCAGGUACUUGUGUGCCAGACGUGCUACCUGUGUGUCUAAACAACGUUGAUUGUGGCCAAGAAGCCACAUGCGCCGCUGGAAUCUGCAUUCCCAAGGUAAUCAAUAACUGCAAGACCAAUAGUGACUGCGGUGGUUCUCUUGCGUGCACCCUCGGUCUUUGCUUACCACAGAUUCUUCCGACGUGUCAAGAGGGAGCUGCCAACAGCUGUGCCGAUCCCCUCGUUUGUCGACUUGGAACUUGUGUGCCCAACUCUAUCCCUCGAUGUGGCAGCAACAGUGACUGCGAUACUGGUUCCGGUUGUAUCGCCAAUACCUGCAUCCCCAACGUUGUCGACUCGUGCAAAACCACUAGUGACUGUGCGGGUUCGCUCGUGUGCAAACUCGGCGUUUGUCUUCCGGAAAUCUUGCCCGGUUGCCAGACCGAUAGCAACUGCGAUGGCCAGCUUGUCUGCAGACUGGGAACAUGCGUGCCAAAGAGUGUUCCUGUUUGCAGCACGAACAGCGACUGUGGUCAAGGUUCAAGCUGCAUUGCCAACAUCUGCGUUCCCGAUCUCCUCGACAACUGCAAGGAUUCUACUCAAUGCAAAGAUUCACUGGUCUGCAAGCUUGGCCUAUGCCUCCCCGGUAUUCUACCUCAAUGUCAAGCAGAUUCCGAGUGUGGCGAUUCUCUAGCCUGCCGACUUGGUACUUGCGUACCCAAGUCUGUCCCCGUGUGCAACAAUGACGGCGACUGCAGUGCAGGCUCAAAGUGCAUUGCUGAUAUUUGUAUUCCUCAAUUCAUCACCACUUGUGGAAAGGACGCCGAUUGCGGCAAUUCACUCGUCUGCAAUCUUGGAGUUUGCAUUCCACCGAUCCUACCAACAUGCGAAGCACAAUCGGACUGCAGAAGUCCCCUUCUCUGCCGCCUUGGCACCUGUGUGCCAGACUUCGUCCCAUUGUGCAAGAGUGGCUCAGACUGCCGCAAUGGGUUCAGCUGCAUUGCCGACAUUUGCGUCCCUGAUCUGGCCGCGACAUGUCAGACAACUCAGGACUGCGAUGGCGCUCUGGUCUGCACGCUUGGUUUGUGCCUCCCUGGUAUUCUUCCCCAUUGUCAGACCGACACACAAUGCACCGGCUCCCUUGUCUGCCGAUCUGGAACGUGUGUACCGAAAACGCUUCCUCUCUGCAAUGUCAAUAGCGAUUGUGAUCAAAAUGCCAGUUGUCUUGCUGGAAUCUGUGUUCCUAAUCUGGUCCAGAGCUGCAAGGCCAACGAAGAUUGUUCUGGCUCGCUCGUCUGCACUCUUGGCGUAUGUCUUCCUCCCGUUCUUCCUACAUGCGGAAAUGGUGCCGAGUGCAAGAGCCCUCUAGUCUGCAAGCAAGACAAAUGUGUACCCGACUUCGUCCUAUCUUGUGCCGACUCUCGUGAAUGCAAGACUGGAUCAAGCUGCUUGGGCGGACUUUGUCUUCCCGACCUUGUCGAUUCUUGUCGCGAUACAGCGGAGUGCCAGGCGCCUCUUGUCUGCAACCUGGGCGUCUGCCUGCCGCAAGGCCUCGGACAAUGCAGAACCAACAUCGAUUGCGUCGACGACCUUGUGUGCAAGUCGGGCACAUGCCUGCCAAGUACACUUCCUGUUUGCCAAGAUUCGACUGGCUGCGGUCAGACGGAGACAUGCAUCGCCGGCAUUUGCAUUCCUAAUACUCCUGGAACCUGCAAAUCCAAGGCCGACUGUACCGGUUCUCUCACCUGCACUCUUGGGCUGUGUCUUCCUGAGAUUCUUCCCGCUUGCCAAGCUGAUAGUCAGUGCUCCGGCUCACUUGUCUGUAGACAGAGUACUUGCGUUCCUGAUUCCCUUGCCCUUUGCAAUGUUAGCACUGACUGCAAGGGCCCUGGACUCAACUGCCUUGGUGGCAUCUGCGUCCCUCAGACUAUCAACAAGUGUCUAUCUGACAGCGACUGCGGUAGCGAUAGGCUCAAGUGCAGCCUUGGCCUCUGCCUGCCCACCGUGCUCCCUCCAUGCACGCAGGGCAGCCAGUGCAGGGAUCCUCUGAAGUGCAGGCUCGGACUUUGCGUUCCUCCCACCAUUCCCGUUUGCAAUGUCAAGGCAGACUGCAGCACUGGAGAUAAUUGCUUGGGUGGAAUUUGUGUUCCUGACCUGGUUAACAGCUGCACCCAAAACUCGGACUGCCCCAAUUCCCUCUCGUGUACACUUGGAUUCUGUCUUCCUAACAUUCUCCCCAGUUGUGACAGCAAUGACAAGUGCAGCGGCUCUUUGAUCUGUAAGCUGGGCACCUGUGUGCCGCCUGGUCUGCCUCUCUGCAAGACUGCCACCGACUGCGAUACGGAUCAGACUUGUUCUGGAGGGCUUUGUUUCCCAAAUGCAGCGAAGCAAUGUCAAGCCUCGCUCGACUGUGGAUCAGACCUUGUCUGCAAGGCUGGCUUCUGUCUGCCAAAUAACACUCCUACUUGCAGCGGCAAUGGCCAAUGCGCAAGCUCCCUGGUCUGUAGAUUGGGUUUCUGUGUCCCAGACAUCUUCCCUAUCUGCUCCACGAAGGCGGAUUGUGGUCCUGGAAAGACUUGCAGUAACGGCGUGUGCAUCCCAGAAGCCCUACCAACUUGUCGGGCUUCGAGCGACUGCGCAAGCCCACUGGUCUGUACCCUGGGCUUCUGCCUCCCACCAGUCAUCGACGAAUGCAAGAAUGGUAAAGCAUGUGGAAGCGGAUAUGCCUGCUCACCUGCGGGCUUCUGUUUCCCCGAGGCGCUCGCCACUUGCGCCGUGGCCACCGACUGUGGCCCCAAUCUCACAUGUAGCUCCAGUGGUCUCUGUGUCCCCAAUCUUCUACCCCAGUGCGAUGUUGCUGCCGGACUUACUUGCGACGCACCUCUUCAAUGCACGGCUGGGCUUUGCCUUCCGAGAUUCCCCAACUCUUGCAACACCAACAUCGAUUGCGGUCCUGGUCUUGCCUGUGGAAGCCUCGGUCUCUGCGUAUCUGUGAGCAUCAGCACCUGUACUCAGCCUAGUGACUGUGGUGCCGGUCUAACCUGUGGCCCAUUGGGUCUAUGUGUGCCCGACUUGGUGCCUACUUGCAGUGCCAGUAAGCCAUGCCUUCCCGGCUACACUUGCGGCAUUGCUGGUGUUUGUGUCCCAUCAAAUGUACCAGCCUGCGAUGCUAACCAGGCCUGCGCUUCUGGACUGGUUUGCAGUCUCGCUGGUCUGUGUCUCCCAUCAUUGCUCGACACGUGCUCGAAGGAUACCGAUUGCGGCCCUAGAUUCUCCUGCAACCCGUCUGGUUUCUGCGUGCCAAACCUGUUGCCAACAACAUGUACCGCGCAGACUGACUGCGGCACAGGCUAUACAUGCGGAGCCCUGGGCUUCUGCGUACCCCAGGACACUCCCCAGUACUGCCUGACGUCUCUCGAAUGUCCUCCUAAAUCCAUUUGCGGUUCGGGUAGCAUCUGUGUUCCUGACAGCUCAAAAUGCACCAAAAACGACGAUUGCUCAGCAGACCAAAUCUGUUCCGCGUUCGGAGUCUGCGCCCCCAAGCUGAUCAACACUUGCGGACCCAAUGAGCCUUGCUCUUCCGGAUUCUACUGCGGGCCUGCCAGUGUUUGUGUCUCGAACAAUGAUCUCGUCAGUUGUGGAAGCGACUCCCCUUGCCCCAACGGCUUCAUUUGUGGAAUAUCCGGCCACUGUGUUCCCUCCACUAUUCAAACAUGCACCGCAGCCAACGAUUGCCCUACCGGAAAGGUUUGCAAUACUCUCGGCUUCUGCAGCGCUGAUUCCCCGAACAGCCAGUGCACAAAGAGUUCUGACUGCCAGCCUGGUUUCGGGUGCGGAUUCGGGGGACAAUGUAUAUCGUCGCUUUUGGGUCCUUGCCUCAGCUCAACCGAUUGUCAGACCGACUCUACCUGCGGACCACUUGGUUUCUGCACAGCGAGUCUCGCCAAAUGUUCCGCAUCCCAAACCUGCGAUGCUGGAUUCAGCUGCGGACCAGCAGAGAUUUGUGUCCCAGACAUUCUGCCUACCUGCGACUCUACAAGCAACUGCGCACCAAACUUUGUGUGUGGUCUCGCUGGCAUCUGUAUCCCCAAAGUUGUCGAGAAGUGCGACGAGAACACGCAGUGCCAGCCAGGAUACAUUUGUGGCAACGGCGGCAACUGUAUUGUCAAUCUCCCUGGUCUCUGCACCACCAAGGCCCAGUGUAGCCCUGGUUACAGCUGUGGACCUGGCGGCCUCUGCACUCCCAAUCUUUCCGGAAUCUGCGAGGCUACAGACGACUGCCUCCUCGGAUUCGUCUGCGGUGCUGAAGGCCGUUGCGUGGCACAGCUUCCUGGUCGAUGCAAGUCCGACACCGAGUGCACUGGCGGAUUGUUCUGCAGCGCAGCGGGCACUUGCAUUCCCAAGCUCACAGGAUCCUGCUCCUCGAAUACAGACUGCGAUACCGACCUCCUUUGUAGCUCUACUGGCUUGUGUGUGCCCAAGAUUCUCCCCAGCUGUGGAACAAACACCGAUUGCGGCCCAGGGCUCCUCUGCGGCGUUGCUGGGCUCUGUAUUCCCCAGAUUGAAGUUACUUGCAGCUCUUCCAGCCCCUGUGGCGCUGGACUCCUCUGUGGUAUUGGAGGUAUCUGCGUCCCUGACAUUCCCGGAGCAUGCACAUCAAAUGGUAACUGCCAGAACGACUACACCUGUGGGAUUCUUGGUCUUUGCAUCCCGCCCGGGCUAGAUAAAUGCACAACAUCGACAGAGUGCGGCACCGGACGCAUCUGUAGCAUCGCUGGAAUCUGUGUUAUCAAGGCUCCUGGAGCCUGCGGCUCGACAAGUGACUGUGGAAGUGGUCUUCUUUGCGGCAUCGGUGGCUUCUGUAUUCCUCAAUUAAGCCCAGCAUGCGGCUCAGCCAGUGAGUGCAAGCCCAACGAAAUAUGCUCAUCCUCGGGGUUCUGCAUCCCCGAUAUUCUUGGCAAGUGCACUUCCAACAACGAUUGUCUGCGAGGAUUCUCGUGUGGAGGCAGCGGUUUCUGCGUUCCCGAUAUCCUGGGCACUUGCUCCAGCUCCCAGCCAUGCGCUUCAGGAUUCAUUUGCGCCAAGGCAGGCCUCUGUGUGCCAGACAAUCUGGGUCUCUGCACAGACAGCAAGGACUGUGAUGGUGGAUAUGAGUGCACAUCCGCGGGAAUAUGUCUUCCAGGCACUGCGGGCUUGUGUAGCUCGAAGAAUGACUGCUCGCCUGGUCUCGCCUGCGGUCCUGCCGGUAUCUGCUUGCCAGACCUCAGCCUCCAAUGCAGAUCCAACAGCCAGUGCCUUCCUGGUUUCAGCUGUAGUCCUUCUGGAGUCUGCAUCGUCGACCUCCAGCUUUCUUGUCAGACAAACAGCAACUGUCCCCUCGCAGGAUUCAUCUGUGGCAGCCUUGGCUUCUGUCUGCCGGACCCUAAACUUGCUUGCACAACGAAUAGCGAGUGUGGGCAAGGAAAGUUCUGUAACCUCGCUGGAAUCUGUACCGCCAAGCUCGGCCUCGACUGCAAAUCCAAUGACCAGUGCCUCGAUGGCUUCGAGUGCAGUGAUCGCGGUCUCUGUGUUCCCGCCACCAGCAUUCAGUGCGCUACAUCAGCUGAGUGUGAUCGCGGAUACAUCUGUAACGACUUUAACAUCUGCAGUCUGUCUCUUGAUCUCAUCUGCAAGACCAACGCGGACUGCAACGCCGGAUUUGCCUGCGGCCUGGCCGGCAUCUGCACACCCGAUCUCAGUGUGGCCAAAUGCUCUGCAGGCAACCAGUGCCAGCGUGGAUUCAUCUGCCGUCUUUCUGGAAUCUGCACACCGGACCUCAACCUUGCAUGCUCAAAUAAUCAGGAUUGUCAGAACGGAUUCACCUGUGGGCUCGGAGGUCUCUGCGUCCCUGGAGCCGGCCUUGUCUGUACCCAGAAGAGUGACUGUGCCCAGGGUUUCCUCUGCAGCCAAGCUGGCCUUUGUGCUCCGGAUCUCAGUGUGAAGUGUACUUCCAACGACAACUGCCUCUCCAACUAUGUUUGCGGUGACGGUGGCAUCUGCGUGCCGGACCGCAACCUCUUCUGCUCCAAGAACGCCGACUGCGGGCCUGGUUCGAUCUGCGGCCUCGGCGGACUCUGCAUUCCCAACCUUGGAUUGGGUUGUGGAAGCGCCAGUGAUUGCCAGCCAGGGUUCGCCUGUGGCUCUCUGAAUGUCUGCGCACCAACCUUGAACUUCUCCUGUACCAGCGACAGCAACUGCCAACAAGGAUACGUCUGUGGCGACCUGGGUGUCUGUACCAUCGACCCCAAGCUCAAAUGCAGUGCCUCUUCGGACUGUCGCCGAGGCUUCGUCUGCAACGGCCUCGGCAUCUGUACCGCGGAGCUUGGUCUUGCCUGCAAAGCCAACAGCGAGUGUCUUCCCGGCUUCGUCUGUGGCAAUGGUGGAACCUGUCAGCUCGGAUGCGCCAGCAACACGGAUUGCGACCAGGGCAAGGUGUGCAACAUCGCAGGAUUGUGCCUUGAAGUGAGCUUGGGAGUCUGUUUGUCAAUCAAUGCCUGCCCCGAAGGCUAUACCUGCAGUUCGGGUGGCCAGUGUGUCCCCCGUUUGAUCCCGCAGUGCACGAGCGACAACGACUGCCUCGGUGGUCUCAUCUGCAGUGCAAGCAUCGGCAGUUGCGUGCAGAGUAUCUUCCCAACUUGCAAAGGCGGCCAGACAUGCCCUACUGGAUAUGUCUGCCAGGGAACUGGUAUCUGCGUCCCUGAUCUCAUCUCAAGCUGUAGUUCCAGCACACAAUGCGGAGCUGGAUUCACAUGCAACAACAACGGAAUUUGCAUCCCAUCGCUCGGACAAGGAUGCAAGGCCAACGGCGAUUGUGGGAACGGGCUCGUCUGCGGCAUCGGUGGUCUUUGCGUUGUCAAGACGGACAUUACCUGCAGCCCAGCCAACCCUUGCGCAGCUGGUUUCUCGUGCAGCGACGCCGGCCUCUGUCUGCCCAAUCUCACAUGCAACAAGGACAGUGACUGCUUCAGCGGCUUCUUCUGCCCGGAUAACGGCUUCUGCGCGCCUGACCUUGGCUCCUGCUCUUCCGCCAAUGCUUGUCCUCAAGGCUUUGUCUGCACCUCAUCUGGCAGGUGUGAGUUUGAUCUUGGCCUGCGAUGCGAGACAGACGACAACUGCGCCUCUGGAUAUACUUGCAGCGACGCCAACAUCUGCGUCCCGUCUGGUCUGAAGUGUACAGCUACGGCCCAGUGCAAGCCUGGAUCUGUGUGCAACAAUCUCGGCAUCUGCACCCCGGAUCUCGGAUUCUUCUGCAAGGCUACGACGGACUGCAACACCAACUAUGUCUGCAACCCGGCUGGAGUCUGUGUACUUGAUCUCACGCUCAAGUGCUCGAAAAACGAUGACUGUGCACCUGGAUUUUCAUGUGGUAGCGGUGAUGUCUGCGCUCUCGAUCUUGGUUUAACGUGUGGAACGAACAGUGACUGCGGUCAAGGAUUUAUUUGUAGCGAACUUGGUAUUUGUAUCAUCGAUAUCAAUCUGAAGUGUGAAGGGAAUGGUGACUGCGGUGCUGGAUUUAUUUGCAGUGGUCUUGGGGUCUGCAUCCCCGGUGGUCAGGGGUGCAGUGUCAACUCGGAAUGUAAGGGAGGGUUCAUCUGCAGCUCCUUUGGAGUCUGCGUCGCCGGCGGCAUCCUCUGCGAUGUCUCCAACAAGUGUCAGAACGGCUUCUCCUGCAGCUCAGCCGGGCUUUGCCUGCCAAACGCCUUGAGCUGCACGACGUCGGACCAGUGUGAAGAUCCCUUCACCUGCAACGCGCUUGGCCUCUGCGUGCCUGGAGGCGUCAAGUGCAGGAGGUCGAGUGACUGCAACACUGGAUUCGAGUGUACGUCUGGUGGUGUCUGUGUGCUAGGAAACUUUGUGUGCAAGCAAGGAAGCGACUGUGCACCCAACUACAGCUGCUCAGUGGCUGGCAUCUGUGUGCCCAACAUCGGGGCAUCCUGCAAGAAUGACGGAGAGUGCAGCCUGCAAAACUACUUCUGCGGCUCCGCGGGCAUCUGUGUGCCCAAGUCAGGUUCAGCUUGCCAGGCCAAGACUGACUGUCUUCCCGGUCUGGUAUGUGGCGAUCUGGGCGUGUGUGUCCCGGAUAUCAACAUCGGCUGCAAGGCCAAGACGGACUGCGGCGCCGGAUUCACAUGCAACAACUUGGGCAUCUGCGUCAUCGACCUGGGCCUGGGCUGUAAGAGAAAUUCUGACUGCCAGAAUGGCAAUGUCUGCAGCAUUCUGGGUGCUUGUGUCCCCAGCGCGCUGCCGGAGUGCAGUGCCUCCAACCCAUGCCGACAAGGCUACACCUGUAACGAUGCCGGUAUCUGCAUCCGGGAUCUCCUUAGCACUUGUACCGACAGCUCAAGCUGUGGUCUGGGCUUCAGCUGCGAUCCACAGGUUAACAAGUGUCUACCAAACUUGAUUCCCACGUGCUCGACAACAAAGGCUUGUCCGACCGGCUACAGAUGCACUGAUCCAACCGUCGGCCUCUGUGUUCCCGAGGUCGCAGUAUCCUGCAAGGCAGAUUCCCCCUGUCCGACUGGGCUCAAGUGCCUUGACAGCGGCUUCUGCGUCCUUGAUAUCUUCCCUAGUGUUUGUCAAACCGCCUCCAACUGCAACACAGGGGAGCUUUGCAACGGCGGCUUCUGCCAACCUGCUCCCCAAGCGACAUGCUCAGCUAGCAGCGACUGCACUCUCAAAUCUGGUGUUUGUGCUUUGGGUCUCUGUGUCUGUGUCAACGGACUCUGUGUUACCGAUCCGUCUGUCAAGGCCUGUAACACGGCUUCAGACUGCCCAGCAAACAACCUCUGCCAGAGCGGCGCCUGUAUCCCACGAACAACAUGUUCUGCCUCAGCCAACUGCAUUGCCAAUGUCAAUCUCUGCGCUCUCGGCACACUGUGUCUCUGCGUCAACGGCCUGUGCCUUUUGGGAGGCGAGCCUUCCAUCACCUGCAAUGUCAACAACCCGAACGACUGCGGCAACGAUAGAGUCUGCGUCAACGGCAUCUGCAAUCCCAAGGCCGUUGCCCAGUGCAAGGCCAGCGAAGAAUGCCUUGGCGACCUCAUCUGCGACCUGGGGCUUUGCAUCCCCAACAUCCUCCCCAAGUGUCUCCUCGAUCUUGACUGCAAGGACAGCUCCAAAGUCUGCCAGCUUGGCCAGUGUGUCGCUGGCUGUUCGAGCCGCUCCGACUGCCCCAGCGGCAACAGCUGCACACUUGGACGCUGCGUUCCAGAGAUCAUCCCUACAUGCGACAACAACGAUGCCAACUGUGCGGCCGGCCAGAUCUGCGGCGCCCUCAACACCUGUGUCCCUGGAUGUCAUACCAACAGUCAGUGCGCCUCCGGAGAGGUCUGCAACACUCUUCUCAACGCUUGUCUCCCUGGUACUCUUGCCUGUGGAGUGCUCAAUCCCUGCCCAGCUGGCGAGUACUGCUCCAGCGGAACUUGCAUCCCACGCUGCAAGUCCAACACAGACUGCGGUCUCGGACUCAUCUGCGGCGCCAGCGGUCUUUGCGGUGCUUGUUCUUCCAACUCACAAUGUGCUCCAGGUCAGCUCAUGUUCUUCCACCUCUCAGUGCCCGUCAGGCCAAGUCUGCUCGAUCCUGGGCAACUGUGGCCCUUGUUCUACGGACGGACAAUGUCCCGGUGGUCAGAUCUGCCGGAACCAACAGUGCACGGGAUGUACAAGCAACUCUCAGUGCUCUGGCGCCAGGGCUUGCAUCAACGGAUCUUGUUCCGCGUGCCGCGAUUUCUCGGACUGCAACACGGGUCAGAUUUGCGCCGCCGGUCUCUGUAUUGCCUGCGUCGUGUCCCUCGACUGUCCGAAUGGUCAGAUCUGCUCUGGUCUCCCGGGAGCUUGUGGUGCCUGCUCAAGCUCAUCACAGUGCCCCAGUGGCAAGGUUUGCCAGAAUGGAGCAUGUUUCUCAGUGCAGUGACGGACAAGUCUGCGGCCCUCUUUCGGUGUGUACUGGAUGUACUUUGUCUUCUCAGUGCUCGAAUGGCCAAGUAUGCCGGGGUGGAAAGUGUACCACCUGUCAAAACAACUCGGACUGCUCCGGCGGCAAGAUCUGCUCUUCAAGUGGUCUCUGCACCGCUUGCUCUUCCAACAGCGAGUGCGGUAGUACGCAGGCCUGCAACAACGGCGUCUGCGGUGCCUGCACCUCGAACAGUAACUGCAACCCAGGCCAGGUAUGCUCGCUUCUCGGUGCCUGUGGCCGAUGCCAGAACAACGGGCAGUGCGACUCCGGCCAGGUUUGUGACAAUGGAUCGUGUACUACAUGCUCAAGGACCUCGCAAUGCGCGACUGGCGAGGCAUGUGUCAACGGCAAGUGUGCCUCUUGCACUGACAGCAACCAGUGCAACACCGGGCAGAUCUGUGCCCUCGGCCAGUGCUCCUUCUGUACACUCAACAACCAGUGCCCUACAGGAAAAGUCUGUCAAGAUGGCAAAUGUGGCGACUGCACUGCCAGUUCGCAAUGCUCCAACGGCCAGGUCUGCAAGGGUGGAACAUGUACAGCUUGCAGCGGCACUGCCGACUGUUCCAACGGCCAAGUCUGCCGCAACAAUAUAUGUACGACGUGUACCAGCCGAGACCAGUGUCUCAACGGCCAGAUCUGCAAUCUCCUCACCAGCACAUGCGGUGCCUGCUCCCUCAACAGCGACUGUGCAACCGGCCAAGUCUGCUCGGAUGGAGCCUGCGGCCAAUGUUCUCGAAACUCUCAGUGCGCUUCAGGUCAAGCCUGUGUAUCGGGCGUGUGCAAAGCAUGCACGUCCUCCGACCAGUGCGAUUCCAACUUAUGCUCGAACGGCAGAUGCACAGCUUGUCUCACCAACAGUAACUGCGCAACCGGCGAGGCAUGCAUCAACAACAAGUGCGGCCAGUGUUCAUCGAACGGCGACUGCGCGAGCGGCCAAGCAUGCGUCAAUGGCAAGUGCGGCUCCUGCGCGAACAAAUCCCAGUGCGGUCCCAGUCAGGCCUGCGUCAACAACUCCUGUGGUGUCUGCACGAGAGCCAGCCAAUGCGGUCCCGGGCAAGGGUGCAACAUCUUUGGAUCCUGCGGCGAUUGUAUACUCAAUUCAGAUUGCGGUCCCAAUCAGACAUGCCGGACGGCGACUGGAAUCUGCUACAGCAACUGCAGCUCGAACACUGACUGUUCCGCCGGCCAGUCCUGCCAGUCUGGCGUAUGCGGGCCGAGCUGCACGACCAACUCGCAGUGCGCGAACAACCAAGUCUGCAACACCUCGAACGGACAGUGCGUUGAGAGACAAUGCAGCAAUAACGCUGGUUGCUCGGCUGGUGUUAACCUUUGUCUAUUCGCUCGCCUUUGCGUGUGUGCUAAUGGACUAUGUGUUGCUUAAAGAAUGCCAUGGAGCUGUGCGGUUAAUAUAG